UCUGUCUAGCAGUAGCUUAGUGACUGUAGGUGUGAACACAUUACAGGUGGUUGCCCCCGGCUUAUCAUGGGAUUCUCCUGACCUUAUCUGCUUCUCACUUCGCGCCCACAGGCGUGAGCAUGGUGUGGGUGCCUGUGGUCACCAUGCUGUGCUGGUCUCCUCAGGUCUUCGCCCCACACCCUUCGGAAAGAGCAUUGCGCAGCUACCUCAUCAGCGAGCGACCUUGCGGCGCGCAGUACGGUCUGAACGGCACUUGCAUGUUCAUGUACGACUGCGAGAAGACGAACGGCCACCACAUGUUCAUGUGCAAGGAUUCCUUCAUCUUCCGUAGCUGCUGCGGCCACAACCUGAGUCCGGAGCAGGUGGCACGGCUUCCACUGCAUGCCGCACCAUCGCUGCCGAGGCCGCCUCAACCGAGUCAAUCCCGGCCAGUCGAGCAGCCGCCGCGGCCUCACUUCAUGACCUCGGGUUCAUCUACUCCUAGUCCUUACUUGCCGCACACAACAUUGAGUCAUAUCACGCGGCCCGCUUCUAGUCUUUCCUCCAGUUCCACAGAGAGGUGGGGCCAUCAAACCGCCGGGCACAACCACAUGAGUGAUUCGGACUUGACUAACAUGAUCGACUCUACUUGGAGCCACAGUCAUCAUUGGCCAGCCUUCGUGACAAGACCUCAGCCCAGGCCAAGGCCUUCCGUGCAGACCACCACUACCACCACCACAACCACUACCACUACUACUACCACCACUACCACGCCGAUGCCGUCCACGAUCCCAACCACCACAUCGACUGACAGCGCAACACUGGUUAGCAAGCCACCCUCCAAGGGUUCCGUCUCAGCUAACAAGACCUCGGACGAAUGCGGUGUCCCCAUGGUAACUUCGCAACAUGAAAUGAGAAUUGUCGGUGGAAAGAACGCCCAAUUCGGAAUCUGGCCUUGGCAGGUUUCAGUUCGAAGAACAUCCUUCUUCGGAUUUUCGAGUACGCAUCGCUGUGGUGGUGCUCUUCUUAACGAGCAAUGGAUAGCCACGGCCGGUCACUGUGUAGAUGAUCUGCUGACGUCACAGAUCCGAAUCCGAGUGGGCGAGUACGACUUCUCAAGUACGAUAGAGCCGUACCCACACAUGGAGCGAGGGGUCGCCAAGAAAGUGGUGCACCCAAACUAUAAUUUCUUCACGUACGAGUACGACCUGGCCCUGGUGCGACUGGAUACGGCCCUGGAGUUCGCCCCCCACGUGCUCCCCAUCUGUCUGCCCGGCUCGGACGAUCUGCUCAUAGGCGAGCCGGCCACGGUCACCGGAUGGGGGCGCCUCAGUGAGGGGGGCACCCUGCCGUCUGUCCUGCAGGAGGUGACGGUGCCCAUAGUGAGCAAUGACAAAUGCAAAAACAUGUUCCUGAGAGCUGGUAGGCACGAGUUUAUCCCUGACAUCUUCAUGUGUGCCGGCUACGAUACUGGCGGCAGAGAUUCCUGCCAGGGAGACUCCGGAGGACCUCUGCAGGUGAAGGGGAAGGACGGACGUUACUUCCUGGCCGGCAUCAUCAGCUGGGGAAUCGGCUGUGCGGAGGCUAAUCUGCCCGGAGUCUGCACUCGGAUAUCCAAGUUUGUGCCCUGGAUACUGCAGACGGUCACAUAGCAGCGGUAUCCGAGUCUUCUGGAUAUCUCUACCUGCAGUUGGAGCGCGGGUCGCAGUCUAAUCGUAUAGGGUCUCUACAGUCCGAGUCUGUAUCCAACGACAACUGUGCAUCCAUCGAGGAUGAAGACUGUAUCACGAUUAAGGAUGAUCUUGAACUUUAUCUUUGACAUUAUAAUCUGCAUGGAGCAUAAAAUGACUUGCACUUGAUAUUAGUCACACAUUAAUCAUAGUUGGCUGAAUGAUGUCAAGAUUGGUGUCAGAGAUUGAUAGGUUUCGGAAGAUGACACAGAGGAGAAGAAGAGUUCAAUCUCGAAACAUUCGGUUUAUCAAAACCGAGACGUAUACCCCCUUUUGUUGACUACAUGAGUUUAUACAGUUUUACUCUCAUCAACAAAUCCACUGAUAGGGUAGUUUUAGUAUAGCGUUAUUUAAAGGGCGGUGUUCACCUUUAGAAUAUCCACUGUUAAUUCGAAGGAAGAGAGCCAUUGAAUCGAUAGCAAACAUUUUUGUUCCUUAAUUUUAUUUGUAAUAUUAUUUUUUAUUCAAAGUAAAAAAUAUUUGAACUUCUUGUCCCCGAAUAGGGUACUUUCAUCACAUUAUGAAACGAAAAGUAGGACUUUGUAUACAUCUUUAAACGUAUUUAGCAGAGAGCAAAAGUGUAUGAAAACUUUUAAGCUUAUUAAGGCAGAAUAUUCUCGCGGUAAUUAAAACACGCUCGGUUCUUGUUUCUUGGCAGUUUUACACUUAACCUGAACCGCCCGGAGAGGCGCUCUCAAGUAACUUGGCUCUUCUGUCUGAAACUUUCCGUCCGGGAGAACGGCAAGUUUUGUUACGAUCAAAAUAUAUAAAGGCUCUGAUCUGUUUAUUCUUGUAACCACUGGAGUUAAAUAGGAACACUAUCUCAUCUAGUUGAAUUUACGAUUUUUCAGGCUAUUGAAUGUUUGAAUAGCAUGAAAGAAAUCGGUCUGAAAUUCGUUAUCAGUGACUGAAACUGCAUGUACUCCGUUGUUGAUCAGUUACUCUUUGGGUGAACAUAUAUUCGUCGCAAUAGUAGAAGUAAUAAAUUACAUGUAUAUAUUGUACCAGUAUUGUAUUUAAUUUAAAUAAUUAUAUUGCUGUAAGCACUUCGUAUUUUGUGUUCACAUUUUUUUGUAUGUAUUUGUAUAGUUUUCUAUAAUAUACUGAUCACUGUAUUGUACUAUCAAUGCAGCCUCUUUCUUCAUUGCGGCUUUAGUAUAAAUAUUGUCUCAAAACGUAUGAUUUAGAUGUAGCGGCGGUUUAUUAUUUGCAACUAAACAGCAUAAUGUAUCAUAUUCAUUAGGUUGGAAGUAAACAUUACAAAAUAUUUUGUUGAUUUCAUGAAAUAGUGUACUGUAAGGAUGGUGAAUACGAGAAAUGUGAAUGUAUAAUAAAGCAAUACGAUAUGGAAGCAAUUAAGCCAAACAUUUAUAUGUGAGGUCAUGUAAAAAUAAAUGUUAUUAUAAAACUUGUACAUAUGCCCUAUUAUUCUGUAAGAAAUGUAAAUAGUGUAUGUUUUGUUAUUUGCAUUGUAUUAAAGAAAUAUUUUCCUAUUGUUCAA